UGUCAGGUAACUAUAACGGUAACCGAUUCCAACGACUCGCCACCAGUAUUUGACAGCAAUCCUUAUCGUGUUUCUGUAUCAGAAAAUGCAAUCGCUGGAUACAUGGUCAUCACAGUUUCAGCUUCUGAUCCAGACAGCGAAGGUAGCCUCACGUAUAUGCUUGUGGACGAGAAGCAGGACAAUUUCCGAUUGGAUGCACAGACUGGAUCAAUUUACUUGAAUCAACCCUUGGACAGGGAGACUCAGCAGAAUCAUUUUAUACAUAUUAGAGCCGAUGAUGGAGUCCAGUUUUCAGAAACUGUGCUUAUUAUAGAAGUGACUGAUUCAAAUGAUAAUUCACCGGUAUUCGAACUUUCUGUGUACUCUUUUGACAUCCCGGAAGGCACUAAAAGAGGAGCUGAAGUUGGUUUCGUGUCUGCAACGGAUUUUGAUGUGGGGGUGAACCAAGAAAUCAGUUACACAGUAAUCAGUGACUAUGGAAAUGAUGUUUUCUCACUGAAUCCUGAAAGUGGAGUGUUUACUCUGACGUCGCAUCUGGAUUAUGAGCAGAUGCAACAUUACAUAUUUGUCAUUCAAGCACAAGAUUCAGGAACUCCAAGCUUGUCAAGCACGGUUACAGUUUACUUCAAUGUUUUAGACCUGAAUGAUAAUGCUCCGUUGUUCGACCCCCUGAGCUAUAGUGAUGAAGUCUUUGAAAACAUAACAAUUGGUACUAGUAUCUUAAAAGUCAGCGCAACAGAUAUGGAUUCAGGGGACAAUGGAUGCAUUAUUUACAACAUAGUUGAUGGCAAUACUGACAACAAAUUUGCAAUUGAUACAAAUGGAAAUAUAUUUACAGCAAAAGCAUUGGACAGAGAAAAGCAAUCGUUUUAUAGUCUAACUGUCAGUGUAACUGAUCAAGCUCUUCAGGUUGAAAAAAGGCUGUCUAGUACGGUUGAAGUCAGUGUCAUCUUAAAAGAUGUCAAUGAUAUGGCACCUGAGUUCGUUACUCCAAAUCGAACGUCUGUAUCCGAAAAUGUUGCCAUGAAUACUGUAGUCAUGGCCAUUAAAGCGAUUGACAAAGAUGAGGGUCGUAAUAGCUACAUAGAGUAUAGCUUGGUAUCUCAACAGAAUAACAAAUUUUCGCUAGGCCCUAUAGACGGUUUAUUAAGAGCAAUCGGUCCACUAGACCGUGAGCUUAAAUCUGAAUACAAAGUUACAGUUAUGGCAAAAGAUCGUGGCCACCCAACUCAGUCAUCUGUCACUGAAAUAACGAUCGAAAUACUCGAUGAAAAUGAUAAUAGCCCCACAUUUCUUCAGCAACAGUACAGUGCCACAGUUUCAGAAAAUACAAGUGUCGGCUUAAGUGUCCUCGAGGUGGAGGCUACAGAUGUUGAUGAAGGUCUUAAUGGUCAAGUGAGGUAUUCAAUCAUUGCGGGGGAUAUGAAUCAUGAUUAUGUGAUGGAUCAAGACACUGGUAUCAUCCGAGUGAGCAAAAAGUUAGAUUAUGAGCGUAAAAGUCAUUACUCCUUGACGAUUCAAGCUGAAGAUUCUGGUAUUGAUGUCCGUUUGGAUACGGCUUCUGUUACCAUUUCUGUCAUGGAUGUUAACGAUAAUGCUCCCGCAUUUCACGACUCACCUUACAUUGUUCAUGUGAUGGAGAAUGCCCAAUCAUUGCCAGUUUCAUUAAUGCUUGUUGAAGCAUUCGACCGUGACGAGAUUGCCAAUAGGGAACUACAGUAUCUGAUAAAGGACGGAAACAGAAGUGUAUUUUCGAUCAAUGCCAACACUGGUGAGCUUAGCGUUGAAAAAACACUUGACAGAGAACAGCAGUCAAAGUAUUCGCUGACUAUCAUUUGCAUCGAUUCCGGUUCUCCAAGACUUACAGGAACUGGAAGCAUCAAUAUAUUUGUCGAUGAUGUCAAUGACAAUGAGCCUGAAUUUGCUUUCAAAGAGUAUUCAACAUCAGUCAUAGAAAACUUACCUCCUCUUUCACCCGUUCUAACAAUAACUGCAUCAGAUAAAGAUGAUGGAAAAAAUGCCCAAAUUCGCUACUCGUUGAUUGGCGACCAUGGAGGACGGUUUGAAGUUGAUCCAGAUACUGGAACCAUCAGUACGAGUACCAUCUUAGAUCGGGAAGAAAGGGAUUCUUAUAAUAUGCUCUUAGUUGCCGAAGAUUCUGGAUUCAUCGGGGCUCAACAUAAAGCUAUAACUAAUGUCACAAUUCAUGUGGAGGAUGAAAACGAUAAUAAACCAGAAUUUGCCGAGACAAGUUAUAUUGUUCAUGUUCCUGAUAAUGCUAUUGGGGGCCAUUUCGUAUUUGGAGCAAUAGCUGUGGAUCGUGAUGCAGGUUUGAACAGCAGAUUGGUUUAUCACCUGUCAGGAACAGAUGCGGAUAAAUUUCAAAUCAAUCAAGAUACGGGAGUUGUGAAAUUAGUACAGAAGCUUGUCAACAAAUCGGAAGGUUUUCAGCUUGAAAUUCACGCAACAGAUAGUGGCAAGACUCCUCUAUCGUCUACAACUUUGGUGACUGUGUACACUCAGAGGUACGAGCUUUUUCCAAGAUUCCAUCCUGGUCUGAGAAGCUUCAAAUUUUCAGAAUCAUCUGAAAAUAUUUUGGUAACCAAAGUGUCUGCGACUUCCGCAAAAGUGAAAGAAAUUGUCAAAUAUUACAUAGCAGGUGGCAAUUCUGGCAAUGCUUUUGCUGUUAACUCGGACUCGGGAGAAGUUAGGCUUAUAGGUGGUUUGGAUAGAGAAACUAUAUCUUCAUACAAACUAUGGGUUGAAGCUCGUGACGCUGAUAAAACAAAUCCUUCACUUGCCAGUGCAGUAAAGCUCGAAAUUCUAGUGACAGAUGUUAAUGAUAACGCACCAGUUUUUGAGAAAUCUGUAUAUAAUGCAACAGUUAAAGAGGAAUUGGAGCCCCCUUUAUUUAUCAUUCAUGUACAGGCAUUCGAUGCAGAUUAUGGUGUUAAUGGAAAUGUUGAAUAUUUCUUAGAAAUGGACCAAGAUUUGAAUCUACCAUUUUCUUUGGAUUCUAAAACUGGAAAGAUGUAUACUACAGAAAUACUUGAUAGAGAAACGAAAGAUCAAUACCGAAUAAUUGUAAAAGCUAUUGACCAUGGUACGCCACAGAAAACAAGUUCUGCUACUGUGUAUGUAAAAGUUUUGGAUAAAAAUGAUAAUCCCCCAAGGUUUACUCGAUUAUUUAGUGCUAAUAUAACUGAAAACGCUCCCAUUGGUACUUUUAUAAUUCAGGUAACAUCAUCAGAUAAAGACAUUAAUACAAAUGCGAAUGCAAACUACAGUUUUACAGAAAAUCCGGGAGGAAAAUUUCACAUUGAUCCAGUAUCUGGUAAUGUUACAGUAGCCGGAUGGCUUGACCGGGAACUCAAGGAUGAGUAUUUACUAAAAGUUGCUGCUGUUGAUGGUUCAUGGCAAGCCGAGACUCCUUUAACGGUUCUCGUACAAGACCUAAACGAUAACGUUCCAGAGUUUUCACUUCCCGAGUACACAUUCAAUAUUCCAGAGUUGAUGCAAGGUGUUUCUUUCAUCGGAGAAGUUUCAGCGACAGAUCGUGAUAAAAAGGGCCCAGAUUCUUUCGUCAGUUAUUCAUUGAAAAGACCAUCAGACUUGUUUAGAAUCGAUCCAAAUAGCGGAAAUAUCCUUAGUAAACAAGUUUUAUACUACAAAAGAACGUUAAAAGGAUCUUCCCCAGAAAACAAGCACAUUAUACAAGUGGUUGCCACAGAUCACGGAAAUCCACCACUAAGUAGUGAAGUUACAGUUCUAAUUAAUGUAAUUGACUCCAACAAUAAUUCACCCACCUUUCAAGAGCAUUCAUACUUCUCUCCAGUUCCCGAAAGUGCAGAAAUUGGACUUUCGGUUCUACAAGUCAUUGCAGAAGACAAAGAAGAUGUUGGAAUAAAUGCUGAAAUAGAAUAUUUCAGAACCAGUGGAAAUGGAUCAGAGUACUUUGCUGUGCAUAAGAAGACGGGAUGGGUUACUGUAUCGAAUCCCUUAGUUGGUUUGAAGCACAAAUGGUUUAUGAUCAAUAUUCAAGCUACUGAUAAAGGUGUGCCUUCACGCUCCUCUGAUGUCACAGUACUGUUUGCAGUAACCGAAGAGAAUUAUCAUGCACCAGCAUUUACAGCGCUCAGUUACCAAGUUGUUAUUCCUGAAAAUGAGCCCCUUCAGUCAGAGAUAGUGAUUGUGACAGCUACUGAUGAGGACAAAGGGUUCAAUGGAGAAGUUAUCUACUCAAUUUUGUCUGGCAAUCAAGAUGGGCAAUUUCGAAUAUCAGAACGCACAGGAGCUAUCACUAUUGCAAAGCAUUUGGAUUUCGAAAAAGUUACAACGUAUCAUCUGAAUAUUUUUGCCGCUGACAGAGGUUUUAGAAGUAAAAAUUCUUCCACAUCAUUGACUGUAUUGGUAACCGAUGUCAACGACAAUCCACCUGUUUUCAACUCUACUUCUUUUGACGUAUUUAUUGCAGAAAAUGAGCCACCUGGAACUUUCAUUACACAACUUGUAGCAUUUGAUGCGGAUUCAAUCAGAAAUAGCAUUAUAGAAUAUUCUAUUAUGGAUGGUGACGAUCAUAGCUUUUUUGGAGUCAAUUCGAAAACUGGAGUUUUAACAUCAAAAAUUUCAUUUGAUUAUGAGCAAAAGAUUAAAUAUACUAUUAAAAUGAUUGCCAGCAAUACAGGCACAUUACUUUUCUCAUCGACUUCUAUAAAUAUCCAUAUCUUAGGUAAAAAUGAAUACUACCCGCGUUUUAUUCAACCUGUGUUCCAAUUUACAGUCAGCGAGUCCGCUGGUGUGGGUACAGCUGUAGGUCAGUUACAAGUUCUGGAUGAUGAUAGUGGUGCUGAUGGUGAAGUAUAUUUCUUGUUAGUAGGUUGUAGCAACAAUAAAGGCUUUCAAAUUGAUACAAAAACAGGAAGCAUCAAAGUCUCUCGAAUUCUUGACCGAGAAUCUCAAUCUCGAGUUGUACUCACAGUGCUUGCAAAAAAUGCUGGAAGUAUUAGAGGCAAUGAUACCGAUGAAGCACAAAUUGUAAUUAGUAUUCAAGAUGGAAAUGAUCCUCCUGUGUUUUCUAAAGAAAUAUAUGAAGCUCGUGUCAGCGAGGCAGCAGCACUUGGAACAUUAGUCGUGGCAGUGUCUGCUGUAGACAAAGAUGUACAUCCAAAUAACAACCAGUUUUCUUUUUCCAUUCUUACUGGAAACUUAAAUAAAGCUUUUAGUAUUGACCCUCAAUCAGGUGCAAUUUAUACCUCUGGUACGUUAGACAGAGAAACACAAGCUGUUUACAACUUGACAGUAACUGCUACCGAUAGUGGAAAUCCACCUCAAUCUGGAUCAACUUUAGUGAAGAUAUAUCUUGAUGACGUUAAUGAUAAUGGACCAACAUUUGAAACAGAAAAGGUUGUUGGCUAUGUGCUGGAAAAUGAGCCUCCACAUACAAGUGUUAUGACUCUCAGUGUUAUUGACAAAGAUUUACCUCCAAAUGGGGCUCCUUUCAAGUUUUACCUAGUUGGCGGGGAACAUAAGGAUUCUUUUGAAGUAGAGGCACAUACAGGAUUUAUUAAGACAACAAAAAGUUUAGAUAGAGAAGCUAUUCCUGAUUUAGAGCUUAUAGUAGAAAUUGAAGAUAGUGGCAAACCCCCGAUGAGGUCGCAAAAUACAGUUACUGUAAUAAUUUUGGAUAAAAAUGACAGUCCAUCUACAUCAAGACCUUUGACUGUUUUAGUAUGGGUGCACAAUAAAAACUUUCUUGGAGGAAAAAUAGCCGAUGUCCAUCCUCAAGAUUUGGACUCAGUAGGACAUUAUCAAUGUCAAAUAAUUGAAGGGAACACCGCAAUAUUCCGAUUACCUUCAAGAUGUGAUUUACAUACUACAAAAAUACAACAUUCUGCAAACUAUACUCUCACUAUCAGUGGCAAUGACGGAAAGCAUCAGAAUGUCUCAUCUACAGUUAAAGUGAAUUUUUUGGCUUUUGAUAAUGCAACUCUCCAUAACAGUGUAUCCCUCAGAAUAUCAAAUUUUUCAGCUGAUAACUUUCUCUCCAUAUACUUCGAUAGCUUCAAGCGCAACCUUGAUGACCUAUUUAAGCCUAGUCAUCCAGUUAUCUACAGUUUGGUCAACAUCGAGGAACAUUUAGAGAUUACUUUGGCUGUGAAAAUGUCGGGAAAAAAAUUUUCUCAUAUUUCACCUAAUGAAGUAAUUUCUGUUCUAAAAGAAAAACUGCCGUUUAUACGAGAAUCUAUCGAAGACAAGGAUAUUGUUAUUGGUUUUAACCCUUGUAAAGUUUCACCCUGCCUAAACAAAGGCUCAUGCAGCAGUUUUUUAGAAAUGAAGGAUACAUUGUCCAUUGUGGAUUCUCCCUCACUCAUUUUCACAUCUCCAUUCGUGGCUCGCCAGUUUUUGUGCCAAUGUCCACGAGGAUUCUCUGGUUCAAUAUGCCAAUAUCAGCAGGAUCCUUGCUUGCCAAAUCCUUGUUUAUCUGGUGGUACUUGUCAUCAAGAUGGAGUCGGCUUCCAUUGCACCUGUGCCUCUCCGUAUCAAGGAGAAAAAUGUGAGACCGUACGUAAAGAAUCUUGCUCUAGCUCUCCCUGCAAAAACGGAGGUACUUGCCAAGAAGCUCCCAAUGGAGGAUUUUUCUGCUUAUGUCGUCCAGGAUUUAAAGGCUUAGUUUGUGAGCAAACUGCUGAUGCUUGUCGGCCAAAUCGUUGCUUGAACGGUGGUACUUGCUUGAGUGAAAAUUUAGGAUAUCAUUGUUUAUGCACUUCUUCAUACUUUGGACGGCACUGUGAGAAGUCUUCUUAUGGAUUUUUACCGCAUUCAUACAUGGCUUUCCCCCCUCUUCAACCAACAACUAAUGACAUAUCAAUUGUUUUCUCAACGAAUAACCCUAAUGCCCUUUUGGUUUACAACUUUGGAUUUCACACUGGUGGGCGAUCAGAUUUCUUGGCCCUUGAAAUAGUGAAUUCUACACCUACAUUAUCUUUUGGAGGAUCCAGGACAGCGAUUACCAGAAUUUCUCCAAAAAUUAUCGUAUCAGAUGGAAGAUGGCACAAGAUAACUGUUAUACGUAAUGGAAAGGUUGCGUCAAUAUCUGUUGUAAUAUGCAAUGAGAAUGGAGACAUGUGCGAAGAUUGUCUGUUAGGAAACUCAAGUUGUUCAAUGUCUGCUACUGGUCACACUGGGACUCUCAAUUUCAACGGGAAUUUUCUGUACAUUGGUGGAUUAGCAACAAUAGAUCCUUUACUGGAAAGACCUGGUCAAGUGUCAUCUCAUUCCUCUCAUGAUUUUGUUGGAUGUCUAAGAGGUCUGUCUGUAAAUGGUAGACAUAUUGAUAUGGCCACACCAAUUAAGUCGGCUCACAUUAGUCCCACUUGCAAUCGGAAAGAAGGUGCUUGUGCAACAUCUACGUGUGGAGAAAGAGCAUCUUGUAUCGACAACUGGUUUACUAUAUCCUGUCAGUGUGACUUUGGAGUGGCAGCUACAUCCUGCGCUGAAGCUGAGAGACCAUAUAGCAUUGGAAUCGGGACAUAUAUUGAAUUGAUUCCAGAAGAGAAACAUAGAAGAAUUCAACUGCUGCUUGAUGUGAAAGAAAGUGCUCCUGAAAAGAAAAGUCUUUCAUUCUAUCUGAGGACAACAUCCCUGAACGGAAUAAUUGUUUACUCGGGAAAUGAUGACGAAAGGACUAUUUUACAGCUCAUCAAAGGAAAAUUAGUGUUUUAUUCCAAAGUCAAAGCCUUCGAACCAGUGAUGGAAGAGUUGGAAUUACCAAAAAUCAACGAUGGAGAAUGGCAUAAAGUGAUUCUCAUGUAUCAUCAGGGAAAAUAUCCAGAGCUCAACAUCAGCUUGGAUAAUGCAUGGCAGCCAAUCAAUUCAAAGCAAAAACUACACGAUUUCUUGGAUCCAUAUAUUGCUUCAAUUAUGAUUGGAGGACAAUGGGAGCUUCUGGCUGGAGAAGGACAACUGCAUGAUAUUGCUGGUUGUGUAAAGCGCAUUGCCAUCAAUAAUGAAAUUCAGCAAGAAAAUUCUAGCAGUUAUUUUAAAUUGUAUCAACAUGGAAAUGCUCAUACAUGUCAAAGUGAAGCAAUUGGAAUAGAUAAUGCUGCAACAGAUCCUCUGAGUAUUGGUGUCAUUUUGGUCAUCGUCUUCUUCGUUAUUUUAUUGGUUGUUAUAUUGAUCAGUUUUUUACUCUUCAGAAGGCGAAAAUUAAAACGAGAUAAAUGCACAUCACACUCGGUGAAGGAAAAUGGAAAUGUUUUUCUCACAAAUUCAACUGACCCACACAGAACACAUGAUUGCUCUGUAUAUGCCGAGACAGCAGGUAACGAUGUUGUAAGAACACUACCAGAAGACCUUGGAGUUUUGCCAGCCAAGAAGAAAGACCGUGAACUCACUGAGUGCCCAUCUCGCCCUGAUAUAAUCGAACGUGAAAUACACAAAAUCGACAAAAUGGAAGAUCCACCACCACAUGUGCCGCAUAAUGAAGAUAAGUGUGACAACUACAUGAUUGGAGGGGACAAACCUGACCCACCAGAACUUUACGACUUUGAAAACGCUAGUAGUAUUGCCCCGUCUGACAUUGACGUAAUUAUGCAUUACAAGGAAUUUCGUGAUGGUAAUUACAAGAAUUAUAAUAAACCAUAUAAAACUCAAAAUACAAAUGUUCCUAGUUAUCAUAAGCACCAUAAUCACAGACAUAGUCCUCAUAACUUUGAAUCAAAUAGAGAAAGUCCGAGAAACAUUUUGCAUGAACCUCUUUCUCGUGAAAAUGGCCCUUCUUCUAUUCAAAUGAAGAACACACCUUUAGCACGGCUGACACCUCCAUCUAGUGAGCUUUCAAAUCAAGCACCAAGAAUUUUAACGUUGCAUGACAUCAGUGGAAAACCACUUCAAAAAGCGUUGCUUGGUGCCAAAGGAGUUGGAGCAAAACAGUUUCAAGAUCCUAUGACUAAUUCUGAUCGCAGUUUAAAUAGUCCUGUCAGUAAUCUCAGCCAUAGUACUAGCAGCAUGCAGUCAGGACCACAAAAUGUGAGCAAGCUUAAAUCUAGAGACAAUAGCAUCACAUUAGGUCUCACAACAGAAGAAAUCAAGAGGCUAAAUUCCAGACCUAGAAAUCUGAGCCUUGUAAGUACUUUAGAUGCGGUUUCAUCAUCAAGCGAAGAUAAUGCUGAGAAGCACAAACUAGCAGAAUUAUUAGAAUCUAACACUGAACUCUUAGAGGCUCAAGAUUCCUCAACUGAUGAGAGUGGGAAUGAUUCAUUCACAUGCUCUGAAUUUGAAUAUGACAACUACGAUAAAGUACACAGAGAGUUUGGUCCAAGAAAUAUGAUAUUUUCUAAGCUUGCUGAAGAAGAUAAUGAAAACGAUGAAGACUAUGCCAAAAACUACGAUGGCUUUGACUCUUUUCGGGGUUCAUUUAGCACACUCGUUGCAUCUGACGACGAAUCAUCAAAUCCACCGCCAUAUAAGCCAACAAAUAACUCUAUGUUAGGUUGGGACUGUCUAUUAAAUUGGGGACCAAAUUUUGAAAAUUUAGUAGGAGUGUUUAAAGAUAUUGAACAGCUUCCUGAUAAUGUUAACUCAUCUGGUCCAGGACAUUCCCAAACCGAUGAAGAUUAUGUUUAAAUUAAAAUUGUUUAAUCUUAAGUCAUUUUGUUCAGAAGAAAAUUUCUUUCGCUCUUUCCAAGUCUGUACUCAGAGCUGUUCAAUAGAAAUUAUUUUAAAGGAGAAGCAAUAGUGUUUUAAAAGUAAUGAUGUUCGCCAAAUUUUUAAAACUCUAUAAUUUACUUAAAAAAUCACUAAAUUUGUACAUUUUCCUUGUAAAGUUUUAUCACUUGUAUAUAAUUGUAUAAAAUGUUUUUGUAUUUAUAUUCAACUUUUUUCCAUAAAACUGUAUCUCCAUUCUCAUAUUUUCAAUUUUCCAUCUACACUCUAAAAUUUAACAAAAUAGUAUGAAGCUGUGCACAUGUUUCGAGUUGUUGUGUAACUUCUUUCUGAACUAACGAAGACGAAAAAUAAACAAUCAAACAAUUUCGAAACGCUAAAUUUCUCUAUUUUGAGAUAAAAAUUAAGUUUUGAAAUGCUUUUGCAUUUUUCUAUGUACAUUUCUGUUUGUUUUCUAAAGUAGUUUUGAUACCUCAUGUUUACAAGCUAGUCAGUACGUGUCAGUUCUGCUUUACAUCAUUGUUAUCUGUUGUACUAAAUUGUAUAAACAAACUGUACAGCAUUUGUGAAACUUAAAUCUGCAAACAAAACUAUUUCAAAGGUGCCAUUUCACUUAGCCUUUCCCCUUGAUUGUAAAAAGAGGAAAACUGCUUGGCAUUUCUCAAGAAAAAUUUGGAAAGUAGCCUUUGUUUUAAUAUUUAUUUUAUACUUCUUUGGUAAUAGCUAAUGCAAGUGAGCUGGAACUAGUUUCCCUUAUUUAAGCUGUCUUUUGCUGACUGCUUUCUAAAAAAAGAAAUCACACAGUCAUAUAUUACUAUUUAUUUAACUCUCUCAAGUUUCUGCCAGAUUGCAGUUUCCCUCUUUUUUUUACUUAACUCGUAUUUUCAGGUGUGAUAUAAUGGUAUAGUGAUCUACUAUCACAUAGUCUUAUAUAAUUUACGUCAGUGGUAAAUCUGUUGUUCCUGAAAACUCUAAGUCAUCGCAUGUGUGUGUUCGCAACUUUUUUCCCCUCAUAAACCACAAUAUUGUGAUUCAAAAUGCAGGCCUGUAAUGCAUGAAUUUUUAUCACUUAUUAAUGAUGCCACAUUCAGAAACAACAUUUGUCUGUACAUUGUUUUACAAUGUUAAAUGUGCCAUCUGUGUUUACAUUCCCAGCAUUUUUUGC